AACACCGUUGGGAGAUCUUUCUGUCAGCUUACCCAACAACACCGAACUGCCCUGGAGCGUUGUAGCCUUGUCGGACUCUGCGAACCCAAAAUGGGCAUUGGACGAUGGCACCGCCGGGCGUCAGCAGAGGUUUUCACGGACCCCUUCUUUUCCAAUGAGAGAGGACUAUCUUGCGGGCACCCUCAGGGAUUAAUGACUCCUUUUUCUUUCAUGCUGCUCACUGUGCCCAGCGACAAUGGGCUAUCCAAGGGGUGUCGGGUGAGCCAAGCGCACCCACAGAGCUCCAUCCUAACAGUAAGCAUUUGUCCCAAGGUUUACCAGCUCUUUCAGACAAGAUUUGACAAGCUUCUCUCGGCAAGAUGGUCCUUGAACACCCAGCUACCGCCAAGUGGCCCGUUUCAAGGCCUCAGUCUGGCAAGCGAGAUAAAAAUAUAUCAUGAUGUUGAGUUGCGGGUUAGGGAUAGACCCCUAGCGAUCUCAGAUCUGUUGCUGAGCAGAUUGUUGGUUCAGUCUGCCGAGAGAGCCAGCCUGGCCGAUUUUGCCAAUAACAAGAAGGCAAGAGCCCUACAUAUUAGCCCGGUUAAGGGUGCUGUUGACUUCAACGAGAUUACAGCACAACUUCAUACCCCUUUGCCGUUGACCAGGAGUACAGUACAUCCUUCCUUCCCUCUCCCAACCACACACAAGUGGCUUCCCGUUGGACGAGCCUCUAUUCGGGACCACAAACGAACCCUCCGUUUAACUGCGAGACGAAUCCCACUCGAGCCUUGCAUGAUACGAUAGUCCAUGGAGCUAUCUUGCGCUUGUCGGUGGAGACACU